AUGAUUAUUUUUAAUUAACAAAAAAGCAAAGAUUUUAAAAAAUAUUUAGAAAUCUAAAUAAUCUAACAAAAUUUUAGUUCUAUGAUACCCAAUCAAACUAGUAACCAAUAAAAAGAUAAUAAAUCAGCAUAAUAGCCUUCAUAAAGCUAAUCUUUGUAAUCAAUAGAAUAAACCUAAACUUUUGAGAAAGUUAAAAAAAUUACAAAGCCUAAAUCCGAAAAAUAUAAUAACAGUAAUAGCUCUUAGAAAAAAAGAAAAUAAUAACUUCAAUUAUUACCACCUAAUCCAUAAUUGCCUUAAUAAGUGUUUGCAUAACAUUAGAUACCAUCUGGAAUGGGAUAAUAAUUAUGUCUAACAUAAUUUUAUUUACAUUUCUACCAUAAUAUAUCAGCAGAAAAAUAUGCAGAAAUGUAAAAAGAAGAUUCAAUUUAAGAGGUAGUAAUUUAAAAAAAUAAUAAAAAGAAAAUAUAUAAUCUUGAAAAAGGACUCUUUUUAGACGUAAAAACUUUACAUAAGCACUUCUAGUUCAAUAAAAAUCAAGAUUAGACAAUUCCAGUUAUGGUUUCAGUCAAAACCUUAGACUAGACAAACUAUAUGGAAGUUGAAUCAAAUCAUUAAUAGGUAGACCAAAUCUUGAUUUGGUUUGCAUAAUUGAUAACUCUGAAUCUAUGA